UGUGGGAGGCAUCACCCAGUCCCUCCCUGCCAGCCACAGCAAGCCCAGCUCCUCCUUCAGUGGACGGGGACCCGAAGGAGGGACGGAGCGGACUGGCCCAGGUGUCUCUUCCUUCCCCGCGCACAGUGGCAACUUCGGGAUGGAACGUGUAAGGACGCUGUGGCUCGUCCUGGCGCUGGGGCUCCGGGCGGUGAGCGGUCACCCUCAGCCCUGCGGGGUUGCCUCGCGUGCCGGGGGCUCCCUGCGCCUAGCUGCGCUCCUGCCCCGCGCGCCCGCCGCCCGCACCCGCGUCCUGGCCGCCCUGGCCAUCCCCGCACCGCGGCUGCCGCACAACCUGAGUCUGGAUCUGGUGACCAUCGCGUCCCCCGCCCGGGACCCCGCGUCUCUGGCCCGAGGUCUGUGCCAGGUCCUGGCACCGCCCGGCGUGGUGGCCUCGGUAGCCUUUCCCGAGGCGCGGCCCGAGCUGCGGCUGCUGCAGUUCCUGGCAGCGGCCACGGAGACCCCGGUACUGAGCAUCCUGCGGAGGGAGGCGCGCGCGCCCCUUGGAACCCCGACCCCGUUCCAUCUGCAGCUGGACUGGGCCAGUCCCCUGGAGACCAUACUGGAUGUGCUGGUGUCCCUGUUACAGGCGCAUGCCUGGGAGGACGUUGCCCUGGUACUCUGCCGUGUCCGGGACCCUGGCAGCCUUGUGACACUCUGGACUAGCCGUGCUGGCCAGGCUCCAAAGUUCGUGCUGGACCUGAGUCAGCUGGACAGUAGCAAUGGCGGCCUUCGGGCUGGACUGUCCCUGUUGGGGGCACUGGACGGGGGGUUAAGCAUAGUGCCUGCCGCGGUCCUCCUCGGUUGCAGCGCUGCCCGCGCACAUGAGAUCCUAGAGGCUGCACCACCAGGUCCUCAGUGGCUACUGGGCACACCGCUGCCCGCGGAGGCACUGCCCACGGCCGGCCUGUCACCUGGGGUGCUGGCGUUGGGAGAAAUCAAACGACCCUCACUGGAAGCUGCCAUUCACGACACGGUGGAGCUUGUGGCACGAGCACUCGGUAGCAUGGCCCUCGCACAUCCGGAGCGCUCCCUGCUUCCAGGUGCCGUCAACUGUGAGGACCCGAAACCAGCUGGGCCUGAGUCAUCUGGGCACACCUUGGCACGAUUUCUAAGCAACACAUCCUUCCAGGGCCGCACAGGGGCCGUAUGGGUGACAGGCUCCUCUCAGGUGUACGUGUCCCGGCAUUUCAAGGUGUGGAGCCUACGCCGGGAUCCGCUGGGCGCCCCAGCCUGGGCAACGGUGGGCAGCUGGCAGGACGGACAGCUGGAGUUUGAGCCCGGGACAGCUGCUGUGCGCGUCCCGUCUCCAUCUGGCACCCAGGCACGACCGAAGCUGCGAGUGGUGACCCUGGUGGAGCACCCGUUUGUGUUCACCAGGGAAUCCGAUGAGGAUGGGCAGUGUCCAGCUGGGCAGCUGUGUCUAGACCCAGGCACCAACGACUCGUCCAAGCUGGAUGCGCUGUUUGCAGCACUAGCCAACGGCUCGGUUCCCCGCGCGCUGCGAAGAUGUUGUUACGGCUACUGCAUUGACCUGCUGGAGCGGCUGGCUGAGGACCUGGCCUUUGAUUUCGAGCUCUAUAUUGUGGGGGACGGCAAAUAUGGGGCCCUGCGUGAUGGACGCUGGACAGGCCUGGUGGGCGAUCUACUGGCUGGCCGGGCACACAUGGCUGUGACCAGCUUCAGCAUCAAUUCGGCUCGCUCCCGAGUGGUGGACUUCACCAGCCCUUUCUUCUCCACCAGCCUGGGCAUCAUGGUGCGUACGCGGGACACGGCCUCACCCAUCGGGGCCUUCAUGUGGCCCCUGCACUGGUCCAUGUGGGUGGGUGUUUUCGCGGCUCUGCACCUUACAGCACUCUUCCUUACCCUGUACGAAUGGCGGAGCCCCUACGGCCUCACGCCCCGUGGCCGCAACCGUGGCACUGUCUUCUCCUACUCCUCGGCGCUCAACCUCUGCUAUGCCAUCCUCUUUGGGCGCACUGUCUCCAGCAAGACACCCAAGUGUCCUACCGGACGCUUCCUCAUGAACCUCUGGGCAAUCUUCUGCCUGCUCGUGCUGUCUAGCUACACAGCCAACCUGGCUGCCGUCAUGGUCGGGGACAAGACCUUUGAGGAGCUGUCUGGAAUCCAUGACCCCAAGCUGCACCACCCUUCCCAAGGCUUCCGCUUCGGCACCGUGUGGGAGAGCAGCGCAGAGGCCUACAUCAAGGCGAGCUUCCCUGAGAUGCACGCACACAUGCGGCGCCACAGUGCGCCCACCACUCCACAUGGAGUGGCCAUGCUCACGAGCGACCCACCCAAGCUCAACGCCUUCAUCAUGGACAAGUCUCUACUGGACUACGAGGUGUCCAUUGACGCUGACUGUAAGCUGCUCACCGUGGGCAAACCCUUUGCUAUCGAGGGCUACGGCAUAGGGCUGCCCCAGAACUCACCGCUCACUUCCAACCUGUCGGAGUUCAUCAGUCGCUACAAGUCUUCCGGUUUCAUUGACCUGCUCCAUGACAAGUGGUACAAGAUGGUGCCUUGCGGGAAGCGGGUGUUCGCCAUGACGGAGACGCUGCAGAUGGGUGUCUACCACUUCUCGGGGCUGUUUGUGCUGCUGUGUCUCGGGCUGGGCAGCGCACUCCUCAGCUCUCUGGGUGAGCACGUCUUCUACCGCCUGGUGCUGCCACGUAUCCGCAGAGGCAACAAACUGCAGUACUGGCUUCACACGAGUCAGAAGAUCCACCGAGCACUCAACACUGGGACGCCAGAAGGGCACCAGGAGAAGCCGGAGCAAGAGUGCAGCGGCCCCGAGGAGCAGCCGCCUGCAGCUGAAGGAGCGGCACGCUGGAGGCGGGUGCGCAGGGCUGUUGAACGAGAGCGGCGCGUGCGGUUCCUCCUGGAAACCCGGGAGGCCGGCGGGGACCGCCCGUGGCUCUGCUCCAAUGGGCCUGGUCCUCAAGCGGAGCUGCAGGAGCUGGAGCUGCGCAUUGAGGCGGCGCGGGAGCGUCUGCGCAGUGCACUGCUGCGGCGCGGGGAGCUGCGGGCCCGACUGGGGGAUGGCGCCCAGCUCCGGCCACUGCGCCUGCUGCAGGUACCACCGGCGGAAAGCUGA